GGUGACAGCCUGGUGGGGGUGAGCUCUCCCCUGCUUGGUGAGCACUGGUGAGGCCGCACCUCCAAUCCUGUGAUCAGUUUUGGGCCCCUCACUACAAGAAGGACAUUGGGGUGCUGGAGCAUGUCGAGAGAAGGGCAACAAAGCUAGUGAAGAGGCUGAAAAACAAGCCUUACGAGGAGUAGCUCAGGGAGCUGGGGUUGUUUAGAUUGGAGAAAAGGAGAGAGCUUAUUGCUCUCUACAGCUACCUAAAAGGAGGAUGUAGCGAGGCGGUGGUUUGUCUCUUCUCCCAAGUGACAAGUGAUGGAAUGAGAGAAAAUGGGCUCAAGCUAUGAUCUUAGGAUGGAGAAAAAGAAAAUUCUAAUGAAAUCCAAAGUUGCUGCUCCAAACCUCCUGAGGGCUUUGCAUUCUCUGUACCAGUUUGGUCAUCUCUGUGACGUGACAGUUCACACGCAACAUCUAGGAAUUCAGGAGGAGUUUCUGGUUCACAAAGCUGUCUUGGCGGCUUCCAGCAAUUAUUUCAAGGGGCUUUUCCUGCAUGAUGAGAUGCUUGACACCAAGAAUUGCACAGUGACUCUGCAAGACAUUUAUACGGAAGAGUUCACCUCCUUCCUAGAGUUUGUUUACACUGCAGAAGUGGAGAUUGAAGCAGAAAAACUGCAGCGGAUGAAAGAAAUAGCUGAAAGGCUUGAAUGCAAGGAUUUGCUUGACAUUUGUGAAGAAGUGAAAGCCGAGGGCAGGAAGAGUUUAGAUUUAAGCCUCCAUCUGAAAGGUCAGCUGUGUGAAAAUGGUGGACAACAGUGGACUCGCAUCCAGCAAGAGGACCGUAAACUGAGUACCUCUUCCCAAGCUGUGGCGAUACCCAUGCAGAGGAAACUGUGGGAUAAACAAAAACAUAAGAAAUUGCUGGCUGGCUACAAACUCAUUGAAGGUCAACCAGCAAGCCUGGAGCAAGAGGACACUGGUUUUCCAGAACCAAAAUCCAGGACAGCAAAGCUACUGAAAUGUAACAAGGCAGAUACCAGAAACAGACUCAGCAUGGAUAUCGUUGGUCUGAAAAAUGCAACUAGUUGUUCUUUCCUUAGUCAGACUGAGUCAAAGGAAGCCUGUGUAGUAAUUGGGAACACACUGCCUGAGCAAUGGGAAGAUGAAAAUAGUUCAAUUUCCAAAUUUGCCAGUAAAACUGAGGGUAGGAAAUCACUGCAGCACAUGGCAAAAGUUUUGCCACCAAUUGUGUGUGAGAAGUGCCAUGAGUCAUUCCGUGUUAUCGAGCAGUACCAGUCACACAUGGAGCUCAAGCAUGACAUUAAUCUGGCUGUCAAGUACAGAUGUAACAUGUGUGAGCAGCUCUUCUCAACUCACCAGAACCUCCAGCAGCACUGCCUCAUGGUUCAUAGUGAUGAGCGGGGCUUUUGCUGCAUGUUUUGUGACAAGAGGUUUAAGCGUCAGAAGGACAUAAAUGACCAUAUCCGCAGGGUGCAUGAGAAGAAGCAGAGUCCCCAGGCCUGCCCAUACUGUGACAAGGUCAUCAGUUCCAAGUGUGGCCUCACAGUCCAUAUACGAACACACACAGGGGAGAAGCCUUAUAAAUGCGAACGCUGCCCAGCCAGCUUUGCUCAGAGAUCUGCUUACAAUACUCAUGUGAGAAAAAUCCAUGAGUCUGGGCAAGGGAGGAAACUUCUGCCUGUCUAUUGGAUGGUAGUUCCGCCUGCGCAUAGACCAAAUGCAACAAGCUGUGACAAAGAUACUGACAGAGAGACAUGGGAUGGAACAUUGGGGGCUGAACGACCAAAGGGUGCACAGCACAUAGUGGCCACAAGUUGUGAGGAAGAACCUGGGGCUUCAUCUAUUACCAAAGCAGACAGCAGCAAUAAGCAGGGAGAACAGAAGCGGAAAUACAAAGAAGCUGAAGUGAGAAGUGAAAAAAUUAGUGAAGUAAGGAAUGAAGAUGAAGGUGAAACAAGUGUGAAGGGUGAGGAGGAGGUAGGUUACAAAGCAGGGUAUUCAGAAGCUGGAGAUAGUAGAAAUCAUGAGGAGGACUCUACUGAGGAGGACGAUGAAGAUGAUGAAUACUCUAAUGAGAAGGACAGAGAAGAACGUGAAUCAGAUGAGUUUAAAAUAAAGAAGGUCAAUAAAGGUGGGGUGAAUAAGAAAUCUGCCUAUGUAAUAACAUGCGAUAAGUGUAACAAGCAGUUUGUUUCGCGGAAAAAGUAUGUGGAUCACUGCAGAGAUGUCCAUCAGUGCUUGCCUGGUAAAGUCUAUCAGUGUGACAUCUGCAGCAAGUCGUUUGCUAGUUACAACAGCUGGAAGGAGCAUCGAGCAUGUGUGCACAGUGAAGAAAGGCAGUUUGCCUGCACCCUUUGCAAUGCUACUUUUAAAAGAAAGCGAGAUGUGAGGACGCAUUUUAUGCGGAAGCAUGAAGGCAGAGUCAAACGCCCUCUCUGCUCUGUCUGUGGGAAGAUCCUCAGCUCCCGGACAGCACUAGUGUUUCAUAUGCGGACACAUACAGGAGAAAAACCUUAUGAAUGUAGCAUUUGCCAUUCAAAAUUUGCUCAGCCAUCACAACUUAAGAUCCAUACCAGGUCCCAUACAGGGGAAAAGCCAUAUAUUUGUGAGGACUGUGGGGCUUGCUUUGCUGAUAAAGGCAAACUCACUGGCCACAAAAGGACCCACACAGGAGAGCGCCUUUUUAAAUGUGAUGUGUGUGGAAAGCAUUUUGCCACCAAUGAAUAUUUAAAAUGCCAUAAGCGAUGCCACCUGGGUGCUAAGCCCUACAAAUGUGAGGUUUGUGGGAAGACGUUUGGACUGAGAGCCUCGCUAGCCCAGCACAGUAACGUCCAUGCAGAGACCCGUCCAUAUUUCUGUGAACAAUGCGGGAAAACAUUCACCCAACAGGGUGCUCUCCGGCGGCAUCAGCGCAUUCACACCGGGGAAAAGCCAUACAAGUGCAGAGCUUGUGAGAGAACCUUCACGGACAUGUCCACCUUGCGCAGACACGUGUUGAUUCAUGACCGGAACGCUCACUGGAGAAGUUUCUUAAUAGAUCUUACAACCAAAAAAGACCAUAACUGGUCGAAGAUAGAAACAUUCUCAGAAGCCUGUAUGGGCGAAGACUCCAUGCCGGAAAUUUGGUCGGUUGACCAAGGUAAACUUUAUAAACCUGGCAGUGUCACUCUUAAAGCAGCAGAACAUGUGCCAUCGGGUGUGGAUAAUGCAGAGGGUACCGAUCGCUCCCUUCUGUACUUGUGACAUUAGUUAUUGAUGGAAAACUGCAGUCUCUCCAGGUCCGAACAGGUGAACUUGUCUCAGGUGCCUGCUGCCAUGUUCCCACAGGUGAGCUGGAGUGACUGGCCUUGAAUCGGAGAAGGGGUUCAUCGUUCUGUUGUAGAAGUCUUUAAUUAGAUUUUGCCAAUUAGAUUUUGGAUCCAUAUUGAGCUCUAUUUUUUGCAGAGCCUUGAAUACACCACAGAGUAUCUCUUCAUGACAGCAUGUGGGUUUGUGUGUGUAUGUGGACAUGGGGCUGGUGCCGUUACUGUAAGUUAUUGCUUGUUUUGAAUAAAGAAUCACAGAAUGCCAGAUUGGAAGGGACUUCAAGGAUCAUCUGGUCCAACCUUUUUAGGAAAUAUAUAGUUUAAAUGAGAUGGCCCAGCACCCUGUCAAGCUGAGCCUCAGAAGUGUCUGGUGUAGAGGAAUCCAGCACUUCCCUGAGGAAACUGUUCCAAUGUUUAACGGUUCUUAUGGUAAAAAAUUUUCUUCUGAAAUCACAGAAUGGUUUGGGUUGAAAGGGACCUUAAAGACCAUCCAGUUCCAACCCCCCUGCCAUGGGCAGGGGCUCCUCCCGCUGGAUCGGGCUACUCAAAGCCCGAUCCAACCUGGCCUUGAACACCUCCAGGAAUGGGGCAUCCAUGACUUCCCUGGGCAACCUGUGCCAGUAGGUCAUCACCCUCGUCGUGUAGAAUUUCUUUCUAA